UUGAAUGAUUUAAUACCUGCUCCAUUAUUUUUUAUUUUGAGUUUUUUCUUCUUUAGGUUCUAACCAUCAAUCUCUAAAAUUCAAACAAGACCACAAAAUUUCUCUGGCCCUUCAUUAGUUUAAACGAUUCUGGUCAAGCGUUCAAAGCACCCGAUGAUAUAUUAUUGUUAAGGAUAUUUGGCGAAACGUGUGCCUUAUGUCGUGAGAUCCAAGUUUCUUCGGAGCCUAGCCAAUGGCUCCUUGUAGUUGAAGUUCGGAACGGUGUGGUGCAGUCCAGGAGUGGUGCCCCCUGUGUGGUGCCUUGUUUGUGGUGUAAACCGUGUGGUGAAGUCCAACAAACCACAGCAUGACGCGUUACUUCGACUUCGUCUGGCGCCGGGAGGUACACCCAGAAUUGCUUAAGGGGGCUGUCUUCGAGAGAUGGAUUGAGGACAAAGAGACGAGUGAAGUGGAGCCAGGCUGCCUCUUCCUGUUUAAACGUUAUUCCGUGUUCAUGUGUCCGUUGGUUCUCUCCUUUCCGGCUCAUGAAGGCAACGUGUUGGAGCUCUCGCAAGUCUCUGACAUCAGGAAAGGACAGCUCCCUAAGGAUUCCAAACUUGCCGACCGCUUGAUCACCAAACAUGGCAAGAACGUAGAGGAGAAAAUGUUGGCCAUUUGCUCGGGUCUGGACUACGUCAACGUCAACCUAACAAACAUUAUCUGCAAGGACGUCGAAGAGGCUCAGAGGUGGCAAAACUACCUGCGCGUCAUCACUAACAACAACAAAGUGCCUAACCUCUGUCCCACCACGAACCUUCGUAAACAUUGGAUGAGGCUCGGCAUGACCGUGGAUGCCUCUGGCAUGAUUCCGGUCCGGAACAUCGUCCGUACUUUUGCGUCCGGCAAGACGGAGAAGCUCGUCUUCCAGUCAUUGUCUGAUCUCGGGCUGCCUUCAGAAAAGACUGACAGCAUCGACCGAGAGGCCUUCACCUUCGAUAAGUUCUACAAGCUUUACCACACAAUCUGCCCGAGAACGGACAUCGACGAGCUAUACAAUUCCAUCACGAAAGAAGACACGAUCAGCCUGAAGCAGUUCGUGACGUUCAUGAACGAGAAGCAGCGCGACCCGCGACUCAACGAGAUCCUGUAUCCGCUGUACGAUGACAAGCGAUGCAUCGAGAUCAUCGAGGCACACGAGCCCAAGCAAGAGUACCGCGACUUACAAUGCAUAAGCAAGGACGGUCUCCUGGCUUACCUGAUGUCAGACGAGAAUGCGCCUGUUUUCCUGGACCGUCUUGACAUUUACCAGGACAUGGACCAGCCACUGAGCCAUUACUACAUCAACUCUUCACACAACACUUACCUCUCCGGCCGACAGUUCGGUGGCAAGAGCACGGCAGAGAUGUACAGACAGACUCUGCUCGCUGGCUGUAGAUGCGUGGAGCUGGAUUGUUGGGACGGUAAAAGCGAGGACGAGGAACCCAUCAUCACCCACGGCAUGGCCAUGUGCACGGACAUUUUAUUCAAGGACGCCAUUAUCGCCAUCAGAGAUUGUGCCUUCGUCACCUCAGAUUAUCCCAUCAUUUUGUCCUUCGAGAAUCACUGCUGCAAGAAACAGCAGUACAAGCUCGCCAAAUACUGCGACGAGAUUUUCGGGGACCUUCUUCUUAAGGAGCCUUUGCCUGAGAGUCCACUUGUGCCCGGCCAGCCACUGCCGUCUCCUAACCAGCUCAAGAGGAAGAUCCUUAUAAAGAACAAGCGUCUGAAGCCCGAGGUCGAGAAGCAGGAACUGAAGCUUUUCGAGCAAGGACAACUCGAGCUCGUCGACGAGGAUGAUGCUAAGGAAGACGCUGCCACCACCGGCGCCCCGCUCAAAGAGAAGCUGGGAGGCAGCGUUAGCGUCGACAGUACCGCUAGCAUAGACCACCCUGACGUUACACCAAUACGCAGUUCAUUUGAUGCUAACCACACUGGCAUUAACACCUCAAGUAUGAGUAGCGGUAGCAUGAGUAACGCUCCUAUUUCCCAGCCGUCCAUAGAGGAUGACAAGCCGUUGACAGCAGAAGAGAAAGCUUUUCAGUCGUAUCAGUAUACGGGCGCCACAACCUUUGUACAUCCCUACCUCUCCUCCAUGGUCAACUACAGCCAGCCCGUCAAGUUCCAAGGAUUUGACAUCGCUGAAGAGAAGAAUAUCCAUCACAACAUGUCAAGUUUCUCAGAGACUGCAGGCCUUGGCUACCUCAAAACACAAGCCAUCGAGUUUGUUAACUACAAUAAGAGACAAAUGUCGAGGAUUUACCCUAAGGGCGCUCGAGUGGAUUCCUCGAAUUACAUGCCUCAGGUGUUUUGGAACGCCGGUUGUCAAAUGGUGUCUCUGAACUAUCAGACUCCUGACCUGCCUAUGCAACUAAACCAAGGCAAGUUCGAAUACAACGGCAACUGCGGCUAUCUCCUCAAGCCGGACUUCAUGAGAAGAAUGGACAAAUCUUUCGAUCCGUUCGCCGAGAGCCCCGUGGACGGUGUAAUUGCAGCCCAGCUCGGAGUGUCCGUUAUCGCCGGCCAGUUCUUGUCGGACAAGAAAGUAGGCACAUACGUGGAGGUUGACAUGUACGGCCUGCCCACGGACACCAUCAGGAAGGAGUUCCGGACGCGGAUGGUGCCUGCGAACGGCCUAAACCCGCAGUACAACGAAGAGCCUUUUCUCUUCAGAAAAGUGGUAUUACCGGACUUGGCUGUACUGCGUUUCGGCGUGUACGACGAGAACGGCAAGAUGCUGGGGCAAAGAAUCCUACCUCUGGACGGCCUCAUGAGCGGCUACCGACACAUCUCGUUGAGGACUGAAGGGAACUUCCCCAUGUCUCUGCCCAUGUUGUUCUGUAACAUCGAACUCAAGAUAUACGUACCUGAUGGGCUCGGAGAGCUGAUGGACGCUCUGUCUGACCCACGAGCGUUCAUGAGCGCCCAGGAGAAGCGCGAGCAGCAGAUGAAGGCGAUGGGUAUCGAGGCGGCCGAUAUCAACACCAAGGAUAUCAACAUCGUCAAUAAAGGUAGCAAGAAAACUCCUGCCGGCGCUACCGGGUCCAACGCUGCCGAGUCCAAGAAAGAAGAAAGAGCGUUCAUGAGCGCCCAGGAGAAGCGCGAGCAGCAGAUGAAGGCGAUGGGUAUCGAGGCUGCAGAUAUCAACACCAAGGAUAUCAACAUCGUCAACAAAGGCAGCAAGAAAACUCCUGCCGGCGCUACCGGGUCCAACGCUGCCGAGUCCAAGAAAGAAGAAAGAGAGGAGCUGGAGUUGGAGCCCAUCAACCUGGAGUCGCUGCGGACCCAGAAGAACUUCCUCAAGUCCACCAAGAAGCAGCAGAAGGAACUCGAGGUCAUGCGCAAGAGGCACAUGAAGGAGAGACUGUCCGUGCAGAAGCAGCAGUGCGCUGCCAUUGAUAAGGCUUCCAAAGGCAAAAAAGAGGUGAUGGAUGAUCCUAACAUCAAGGCGAUGGUGUCGGAGCAGAUGCAGCAGUGGUCGGACAUGAUGGAGCGACAUCGUAAGGAGGAAUGGUCAAUGUUGAAGGAACAUCUUAAGAGUCAGGAAGAUAUUCUCAAGAAACUCAUGGAGGCCGAACAGGCCAACCAAAUGAAGAGACUUGAGGAGAGAUAUAAUCAAGAAAAUAAAGAAAUGAAGGCAGCGCAGGCGAAGGUGGCGGUCGAGACGUCCAAGGAGGUGGCGGCCGACAAAACGCUGCGGAACAAGGCGGACCGCGACCGUAGACUUAAGGAGAAGAAUGAGAACAACACUGGCCGCUUCAUCAAGGAGAGGAAGAUGACAGCCAUCAAGCAGAGCCGGGGCAAGGAGAAGCUCAAGAAGAUACACGAGCAGCAGAUGACAGAGCUUGUCAAGGACAUCAAAGCGGCGAUCGAAUUCUACGAAAACACCGAGAAAGAGUACACCAUGCGAAGCAAAGUCGAAUUUUUCUGCUGAACCACAUCCUCCUUAGCGUUAACGAAUCUAACUAUCCUAAGACCAUUGCAGACUUAGACGCCUUUUCUCGAGCAUAAUGUUUGUAGGUCUUUCGAGUCCCGGCUGUGCUUGCGAGUAUUUUUUGCUAUGUCUCUCCGAAAUGGCUGCUCUUCAUAUUUUAUAGGUUGCAAGGAUGCAAGGCGUGUCCUAUAAAAUAGUUUAUUUUCACACCUGAUUCAGCAUUGAACGUUUUUAAUUAAUCAGGGGAUUAAUUCAUGAUAUUGCGUAAUUUACGGUAAAAUUUUUAAAUUUUUCGCUGCAAUGAAAGUUGCUGACAAAGAAUUGCGGUUUUUUUUUAAAUUCAUUGAACCUUAAUUAACAAUAUAUGAAUCUUCAUGUAAUUAUAAUUAGUUAAUAUUAAAUAGGAAAAAUAUCGUUUAUCAAUCACCAGGUAGCGGCGUAGAAAUUUAGAAAUUCAUUUUGCUAACUCCAAAUGCUAUUUAUAAUGUACAUUUGUGGAGUAACGCUUAUAAAUAAUACGCUCCUACUAUCUAAACAUUAGUUCAACAUUUAUUUCUGUAAGAUCUUUUUAAAAAUAUUCCAGCCAACUUUAUUUGCUUUACCUUGAGGCGAUCCACUCAAGCAUUUCAUAAUUUGUGAAUUAAAGUUAUUGUUGUUAGUUUUGUAACCAACAAACCUUUAGUAAAAUCCGUUAGUUCAGAGUCGAUGGUUUUUUUUACUAGACUGGAUAAUGAACAUACUGUAGCUCAGUUCAAUCGAAUUGUUCACGGCGCUAGUAUUCAAACAAUAAUGAAUGUCGGCAUUCAUGAUUGUGCUGCAGGAAAAUUGUCACUCUCAUUUGUAAGUGCUUGUUGCUUUUCUUCUUUACCAAAGCGAAUUGUGUUUUUGUUCCCGUGACUGAAGAACGAAAACAGGAUAAAAUUUUUGUUUACGUAUAGUGAGAUGGCAUAAUGAAUGGGUGUAAAUUAAGAGGAAUUCUUUGAUCCUUUUAUUAUUUUCUGGUAUUCGUUAAGCCUUAACUUUUUACUCUGCCUGGUGAGGGAGGGAGAAUAGAGUAACGGGAGGAUAGGGCAAACUGGGAG